CAAGAUGAAACUGCUCGCCGUCGUCCUCGCCGUCCUGGCUGUGGCCCAUGCCGAUGUCUCCCAUCUGUCCGGCUACAACUACGCCCCCGUGAGCAUCCCAGCUCCGGCCCCGGCCCCGGCCCCAGUCAAGGUUGCACCCGCCCCAGUGCCCGUGAGCUCCUACCUGCCCCCCGCACCGGCACCAGCCCCCAUCCAGAUUGAGGUGCCUGCCCCAGCCCCAGCACCCGCACCAGUGGCACCCGUGAAGGUUGCCCCCGCACCAGUCAACCAGUACAUUCCCCCCGCACCACCAGCACCCGUCCAGAUCGAGAUCCCCGCCCCGGCGCCAGUCCCCGUGUCCCUGCCCGCUCCCGUCAACCAGUACAUCCCCCCUGCACCCGUCCAGGCUGCCCCCGCCCCCGUUGCCGCUCCAGCCCCAGUCCUGGCUCCCCAGCCCGUUCUCGAGGAGAUCGAGCCCAUUGCCAACGAUGGCUACCGCUACAAGACAGUCCGUCGUCGUGUGAUCCGCCGUCGUUACUAG